AUAAAUCGAGAAACGCCCUCUUUAGAUUAAUUUGAUUCAACAAUAUGGCGUUUUUGUUAGAUCGUUUUUGCUGAUGGAUGUGAUCGAAAGAUCAGGCUGACUGCAUUUCUAAGCCUGCGAUAGACUGGUGUGUGUGUGUGUGCGUUUCGUAGGGGGUUUAUAUUCAUCAAUCAGCUACUGAAUAUUCAAAAACAUGAAUAAAUCUGACUCCAUCUCCAAGAUGCAGUCAUUGGUGAGUUAUCAAGGGGAUUCAGAUGCAGAUUCAGAUGAGGAAAAAGGUGUGGCAAUCAAAGGAGUUGCAAGAUUAGUUUCAUAUGUAGGAGAAGAAGAUGGCACAGAUUUAAACCAAUCAAGGAAUAUUUCAAUUGUUGAAGAAGGAAAAGUGGAUAUAGAUGAAGAGGUUAUUAAAGGAGAAAUAGGAGAGAUAGACAAUGAUGAGACAUUUUCAGAUGAAAAGAAAGAAGAUGAGCACAACACAUCUGGAAAUUCGAAAUGGUCAGAAAGUGUCCGACAUUUAUCGGUAGAGGAAAUACAGCUUCCACCGGAACCAACAGGAAGGUGCUCAAAACAUUUACAGGAUAAAAUUAAACAGUACCUCAGAAGACACUUCGACCUCAACUCAAUGAUACAAAAUAGGAAAGACUUUCGGAAUCCCAGUAUAUAUGAGAAGCUGAUAAACUACAUGGGCAUUGAUGAAUUAGGGAGCAACUAUCCAGACGACGUGUACAACCCGCAUGGCUGGACUGAAGAGUCAUUCUUUGAAAGCUUAGCUAAAGCCCAGAAAGAAGAUAUGGCAAAACGGGAAAAGGAAAGGAAAACAAAAGUUGAAUUUGUGACAGGCACAGUGAAGAAACCCACUGUCCCAGCAACAACAGGGCUAGCAGUCCCACUUUCCCAAGCUUUAAAUGUUUCAAGUACAGAUGACAUGGCAAAGAAGAGGAAAAGUAAAUGGGAUGUAGGUGCCGCUAAUAUACCUAUCAUUGGAGCGCAGAGACCAACGUUAGCCUCCGCAGCACCCUCUAGUACAAACAAGACAGUUAUAUCAUCAGUUGGAGCCUUAAAGAAACCUAAGAUGGAAAAUUAAUCUCUGACGAUGUUUGAAUUAUACGAAUUUGGACCAAUAUUGAACCAUGCCUGCUUACAGCAGAAUUAUACCUUUCUAGAGAAAGUUUCGUUAUAGUACAGAGUGGAGGGUAUAACAUGUACUGUACAAUGAUGUUUAAGAAACAUUGUCAGGUUGAUAGUUGCUAGUAGUACUCGCUUUAUCAUUGAGAUAACUUACAAAGGAGACAAUUUAUUUAAUACUGAAGUUGAUAUUUGCCGUGUUGUUCAGAUGUUUUUCAAUGGAGGUGGCACUGGCAAUACAUUAAUUCAGAAGUUUUCUCAGGCAGACUUAUAGUGGCUUAUACUUGGCCUUAUUGUUCAGAGAAGACAUCACCAGCAUUGAUAGUCACUAAUAUUUGCCAUAUUGUUCAGAUGCCUUACAAAGGAGGAGGCACCAGAUCAAUAAUUCAGAAGUUGCCUGUUUAAAUCUUACAGUGUACUACAGGAGAAGCAUUACAACAGUAAUUUCCGGAAAUCUCUGAAAAUGUCCUACAUAGGUAGGAUUGAGAUAAAUUAAUUUUUAACAAACAAUUUAAUGUACUGUUCGCUCUCCAAUUUGGGGUGGUCUCUGACUUCCGUCUCCAGUUAGAGAGUUAGCUUUGUGUUAAAAGAACGAAGAUUGCUAUCUACUGUACUAUUGUUAGAUGUCUUGAAUUAGAGACGUCGCAAGAGAGUUAGCUUUGUGUUACAGUGUAGCUUGACUUAUAUAUACAGUUGAACUUUCCUAAAUUGAAUCCAAAAUGCCGUUGAAAUAUUGUUCAACUUAGAUUAAAUUCGACUUAGAUUAAAUUCGACUUACAGAUUGUUAAAUAAUGGAAUACACAACAAUUUGCCAUGUAAAAUUAGAUCGACUUGGAAAUUAUUCGACAAGUUUAACUGUAUAGCACUUUUUACAGACGUCUCAAAGUGCUUUAUGCCUGGGCUAGUAGUGGUGAUGCGUGUGUGAGUAGCAGUCUUAAAUUCUUUUUUUUAUGUGGGCAGAAUGUUAUUGAGUGUUAUGCUAUGAAGAAAUAAUGAAAAAAAUUAAACCAACUAUUAUAUCAUUA